ACCGCCGUUUUGGGUAAGAGGAAAGUCGUUUUCCGUUACUACAUCGAACCUUAAAGCGUAUAGCAGCUGGCUAAUGCCCAGAUAAAAUCAGUUGGUGCCUUCAUUCGUUGACUUCUUUCGUUGUUUUUGCGCGUUUUUUUCGUUUGUUUCUUUAUUUUUUGGAUUAAUUGUAUUUGACUGCUCUGGUGCGUCACGAGUCUAAGAUGUCGCAGACUUUCAGAAGUGCCAUUUAUCGCAAAUCCAAACACCCUCACACGCUGAGAUCAGCCUCAGACAAAGAUUUGAGUCGUCGGGUGGAGGCCAAAAAAAAGAGAGAAAAGCAACAUGUCCAAUUUCGUAAUAUGCAAUUACCACCGGAUGAACCAGUUAUUGCAGAAGCGGAGAAGCUUGCAUUAGAAACAAAAGCAGCUGAUGACAGAAUACAAGGGCUUUUGAAAUGGAAGGAAGAAAGAAAAAGAAAAUUGGAUGCUGAAAAAAAUCAGAAGAAACCAGCUUUCAAAGUUGGAGUUGUCACUCAUAACAUAGGUUCUCCUUACUUCAAAGUUUACGAUGACUCAAAGAAAACUCACAAUCCUGUUAGAAAGCACCAAUUUCAGUUUCGGUCACUGAACGCCAAAGUGAUGCGGCCUUUAACUAUUCCAGUCCCUCCCAAAUUUGCAGAGCUGAAGACGCAUCAUUGCAAAACACAUAAUUCUUCUGUGAACAAACGAGUGCUCCGCUCAAAUACAAUAAAGGAGAAUGUAAUGCCCGUCGUUGAGGAGACUGUAAAAGUGUUGCGCACAAAAAAAGUGGACCCAAAUCAAGUGCGAGACCUAAAAAUGAAAACUGAUAAAAUUUUGACCGGCAAAAAGAAGACACCUUCACCAGGAUCAGCAAAUGUUUUAAAUGAUAUUGGCAAUGUCUCACAACCUCAACCUCCAGCCAAAGACUUAAUUUUUAGUCCAAUUAGUCCGAAUGUUUGCCUUACAAGGGGUAAGAGGCGGCCAUCAACGAGAAGCUCAGAUGGAGAAACUGAUGAUUCUGAAAAGAAACAGAAGAAGAAACUAGAGCGUGCCAGAAAUCGGAUUGCUCUCUCACAUCUUACUCGUUUGGAUUUUGAAACUCAGCGCCUCCAUGAUUUUUGCGAGAAAUGGAACAAUAUUGGAAAAUCUGAAUCGCCAUCUGAAGAAAUAGCCAGUGAAAUCAAUGCUUUGAGUGGGAAAACUAGGCUUUUAACAAGUGACAAAUUUAUGCAGUUCCGCAGAUUAGUGGAACAGUUUGAUACUGGCACUGCGAAUCCACCAAUCAUGCCAGAGGAUUUGACAGGAUUUUGGGAUAUGGUAUACCUCCAGGUUGAGGAUUUGGAGAAGAAAUUCAAUAAUCUGGAGAAACUUAGGAGUAACAAAUGGAAAUCUGCAGCAGUGGAUAACCCCGUAUGUCAAGUGAGGAAAAGUGCUCGACCACCAUGCAAAAUUGUUAAAAAAGCUGCUGCUUCCUCUACUCUGAAAAAGUUUAUUGCAGACGCACGGAAAAACAAAGAGCAGUCUACCUUACCAAAAGAAGAAUUCAAAACCUUCGAUGGCGGUCAUUUUAAAAUUGCCAGUCCUUUAAUUCAAACACACGUACCACGAAGAAAGUCUGAUGCCAAUAAUAGCUUACUGCGGCAAGUUAUGUCAUCUGGCUCCAAACGGAUCACUCCAAAACUCUCAGUUAAUGCAUCACUGAAUGCAGUGAGAAAAUCAGUGUUAGCUCGAACUAUCUCCUCAUCACCAGCUAUUGUUGUGAAUCAAACAGAAGAAACUCCGAAAAGCAUCUUAAGAAAGUCACCUAAAUUUGCUUCUGUAACAACUCCUACCACCACUGCAAAAAAGCGCCAAACAAAAUCGCUGAGAUUUGGACCACCUAUGUUCCAAAGCCCUGAUUCUACUAGUCAUGGUACGCCAAUGAGUGACUCAUCUGUUCCUGCCACCAAAAGGUCGAAUAAAAUCAGAGGAACACCCUACAAGAAAGCUUCAUUGGAUGAAACUUUUUCGAUGGAUGAGGACGAUUCACCAGAAGUGCCAAAAAUUGAAGUCAUACAAACCCCCCUCAGGAGAUCCCUUCGCAAGCAACAAAAGGAGACACUCAAUAAGUAUGAACAAGUUGCGUUUUGUUCACUGGAAUUUGUGACCUCAAGUUCGCACGCCCACAGCAUCUGAAAAACUAUUUUUUUCGAGGUUAAAGCUUUUUUUUAUAGUAAGUUUACAUCAUCAACUAUAUAAAAAUCCCUCUUAAUAAGCGAAGUAUAAUGGUAUCCCAUGAAUACCCCAGCUAACAGUUACCGCAUCUCAUCUCAUGGGCAAGAAAAUUUGCUAAAAUUUUCGAAUGGAAUGUUCGUUGGUUUCCUCCCAUAAAUUAAAAUGGGAGAUAAAAUAUUGAAACACUGUAACAGAGUUGUGACUGUUUUGCUUAACUCCAUCCAUUUAUCAUUGUAUCAUUGUAUGUUUUGUAAAUGCGGUUGUUUAGUUAGUAAUAAAAUUUGAAAAAAUCGGCACUCACACCUAUGAUCUCUUGGCUUGAGUGGUAGUUUAAUUGAGGAAGUCAAUUAAACAAACCAUUUGUAUAAACUUUUUUCAGAAACAACUUCAAUCUACGUACGUAAAUAAGAGAUAUAGUUAAAAAGAACGGUAAUAUCAUAAGAAAAAAAAAGUUUUAUUUUAGAAGAUGUAAAAUUUUAGAUUUAAUCGCCUUUUUCCUUGAAUGAUGCUUUGCUAACUCAUAUUUUAUCAUAAUUGAGACUUGGGACAUGAGAAAUGCCCGUGGUGAAAAAAUAUUGAAUUCAGAUUUCUGCACUCGAAAAUUUUAAGUCUACUUUUCUGAUUUUGAUAAAGAAAGUCUCAAGAAAUUGUGCAUCUUAUUCUUAGUUUUUGCAUAAAAAAAAAUAGCAAGAAGAAAGUAAUUAAUAUGAGAUACAGUUUGGCCUACUUUGGUUAAUUUUGUUUAAUUACUAUUGUUAAUAUCUUUGGUAAUUUACGAAGGUUUUCAUUUGUUCUGAUACUUAUUUUUCACUGGUCAAUGCAUGUCUUGGGUAUUGAACCUCUCAUCCUAAUGUAGGCAUGGCUUUGAAUCAUGUAUAUCUUAUUUUUAUUUAAGUCUUGAAUUAGACGAAGAUUUUAUCAUUUUUUAGCAUAAAAAAUUUACAAUUUGUUUUUCCUUACAUUGUUUUCCAUCUUUCUCCUUAAAGUAUUCUAUUUAAAUGAUCUUAGAUACUCAAAAUGUCUUACCUAGGUAAUAUAUUCGUUUUACUGCAGAACAUGAA